GCUUGCUUCACUGUACAGGCUGAAAGUCCUUUCGCUUCGACUGAGUACCAAUACCAUAGCAAAAGCUGCCACAUAUAAUUCCUAAAGAACAGAACUAUUGGAAUGAGCAGGGGGGGCCCAGGGUCGGGGAGAUGCCUUAUGUGGAUCGGCAGAGCCGUUUCUGUGGCUUCCUGGACAUAGAGGAAAAUGAGAACAGCGGCAAGUUCCUGCGCCGCUACUUCAUCCUGGACACCAGUGAGGGCAGCCUGGUCUGGUACAUGGACAACCCACAGAACCUGGCUAAAGGAUCAGAGAAUGUCGGCUCCCUCAAACUCAGCUACAUUUCCAAGGUUAGCGACGCCACAAAGCUGCGUCCAAAGGCUGAGUUCUGCUUUGUUAUCAACGCGGGGAUGAGGAAGUUCUACCUCCAGGCAAAUGACCAGCAGGACCUGUUGGAAUGGGUCAACAUUCUCAACAAUGCCACCAAGAUCACCGUGCCCAAGUCGGGGGACCCCCAGUCCUACACAGAGGCCCACCAGGAGUCUCUGGGUGCCAUGAAACAGGUCUCCUACAGGACUGACAUCAUAGGGGGGGUCCCCAUAAUCACUGCCACCCAGGAGCAGGGGGAGGGGCAAAAUGGGGUUGAAAGGGGGGCUCUGAGGAAAGGCCAUGGUCCGCUCCCCUACUUCCUGGGUCGGGGAUGCCAGGACCAGACAGUCAUCAAGGCUGGAUACUGUGUGAAACAGGGCGCUGUGAUGAAGAACUGGAAGAGGAGAUACUUUCUGCUGGACGAGAACGCAGUCAGCUACUUCAAGACUGACCAGGAGAGGGACCCUCUCAAAGUGAUUCAGUUGAAAGAGGUUCACAAAGUCCAGGAGUGCAAACAAAGUGACUUAAUGAUGAGGGACAAUCUGUUUGAGGUAGUCACCAGCUCCAGAACAUUUUACAUUCAGUCGGACAGUCCAGAGGAGAUGCACAGCUGGAUCAAGGCCAUCAGCGGUGCCAUCGUGGCCCAGAGAGGGCCAGGUCGCUCCGCAGCCUCGGAGCACAGGGACCCCUCCUCCUCCUCCUACUACAGCAGCAGCGACCAGACCCCCCAUGUCCCACGGCCCCCAGCCGUCUCUCCAGUGCCCCUCCCCCACCCCCCAGCAUGCUCGUCUAGCCCCGCCCCCGCGGGCGCUCAGCCUGACGCUGGACAGCCAGGACUUCCUGGGCCUGUUGCCGUGGCGAGGGCACCAGGGCGCGUCGCCCAGAUCCCGCCUGUCGCUCCAGGAGACGCGCAUCUCCAAGUGACGGGCCAGGACCACGAGGCGUCGCCGUGGAAACGGCGCAGCGAGGUAGGGCUGGUAAACAGAAAGUGCGACGUUCUGGAAGAUUCCGUCCCUCUGGAGGACACAGACCUGCAUGUCAGCCUGGUGUGACAGGGCUCUCUCUCUACACCCCUCUGCCCCUCGCUCUCCCCACCCACCACCAGCGUCACACCACCCCCAAUCCUGCCCUGCUUCAUAUGACUCCACUUCCCCCUCCCUCCCCCAGUGCCCAUCCUGUUGAAUGGUCAUUAGUGUCUCUUGCUGGCACUAACGGGACUGGGACAGUCAAAUCCAGGAGGCAAUUGGACAGAGCUCAUCCAAUCAGAGCUCGUCUUGUCCAGCCUGAUUGACCAAUCAAAGCACAUGUUGCCUGGCCCGGGAGACAGGAAGUGGCUCCAUGUGAUCCAUGAUUGUCUAUUUAGCUCUGCUCUCCUCAUUCAGUGAUAGGAUGCUGUUUCAAGCUUCUUUCGUGCUAGUUUUUUUUAUUGACAUGAUUUCCGAUGUUUGUUUCUUUUUGUCUGUAUUUUCUGGGGGUGGAUGCUGGGAAGGUUCUGUACUAGUGCUCAGUCUUCUGUAACAUACUGAACCUUUCAUUCAUGCCCCCUUAUGUCCUUGUACUUCAUACCUAGAGUAGCAUGUUCACCUCUCUCUCUGGGGAGAUCUGUGGAUAUGAGAACUCCAACUCAUAUCUUAAGGAACUCCUACAUGGAGUGUCGACAGGACUAUUUGCCUCUGUUCUGGGUCAGGCUUGUAAGAAAAGGGUGAUGGGUGUCAUUUAACGUACAGGGAGAGUAUAGGUUGCUUUUGUACUGAUGUGAAUUAAAAGAAGAGUUUAUAUAUUUUGACUUGGAGACUGCCCUCACUACUAUUUACCCACAAGGAUGUGUUUUAGAUGUCUUGUGCUUUUUAUAGGUGUGUACUUUUAAAGUUGAGAAUUUUCAUUUGAAUCCAAAGCAUGGAAAUAAAGUAGAUGUUCAUAAAGAGACAUGAAGCCAAAUCCAGAAGAACACCAUCCCUCUUGUUUUUGUUAUGGAAUCUACAGUAGAUGUGUUAUAUUGAUGAUGAAAUGCAUACAUAACACAUGUAUUGUAGUUCUAUCCCCAUACAUACUGUACAUACUGUACAAACACAUCAUGUGUUUGCCAAAUGAAGUCCUGCACUGUAUGGUCCUGUGCCUGUCUGCCAAUGUUUGCAUGUGCGUAAGGGGGCUUUCCCCACAGGGGUACAGGGGAUACGUACUGUAGUAAAGAACAGAACCAGAGGCCUGGUGGGUAAGGCCUUCACCUGGCACUUUGUGGACACACUAGGAUAUCUUUAAUGAUGCUUAGUCUGUGGUUAUCUACUCUUUUAUACGGCCCUGUCCCCUGACUCUUAUCUUCUUCAUACCAUUUAUACUUGUUGGUGUUGUGUGACUGUUGGGAAGUGGAAGACCUUGUAAUGACCCAAAGAUGGUUAGAUCUACAUUCAAAUAUAUACGUUCAUGGAGGCUUUGUUACAUUUUAAAAUAGUAAUGAUAGAUUAGGCAAUCUAGUAUUUCCUGGGUUAGAUCAAGUUGGGAUGGAAGUUUGGGGCCAGAGUUGGCUCCAAGGAUGUUGCUUAGCAGCUUCUGAGGUGGACCGUGCCUGCCUUCAUGUCCAAGAUGGUGGAGGAGUUUGUUUCUUUGAUCUAAGCUGUACUUGCUGUGGUCCUGUGACCUGUUAUCCUGUGACUGUGUUGCACAACUGUACUGUUGAGCUGGUGAAGUGCCUGCAUUAUUUCUAUUGAGAAAAACAAAAUAUAACAAAACUAGAUAUUUUGACCCUUUGAAAUUAUGUACCUGAUGUUGUUAGAUCAUGUGCAUUAUUUAUUAAGGAAAGUUUGAAAAUAAAUCAAUCAAUGUAA